AACUUUUCUUUACAGGAUAUAGAUAUAAGAGAUUCUCUUGAAUAUUUCUGUCACCUUUAAAUAUAUUUUUAACCCUUGAAUUGACAAAAAUCACAUAUCAUUUUCCGUUCACGUAUUCUCGAUAUGGCUGACUCGGUCUUGUUCGUUUUUGAUAAUGUUAUAAUAUUGGAUAAAGACCAUGGAAGAACAUUUUGCAACAAUGAAACUGGGAGAAUCGGACUGUGAUACUACUAAAUUGACCAGAGCUUUUAGUUUUUCGGAACUACCUUCACCUCAACGAAUACGUGUAACGGAGUCUUAUCAAUCCGGGAAUUCUCCUGGCUUAGUUAGACAAUACAGUUGCGAACAAAUCUUUGGGCAAACUGGAAAUUCUAGACGAUACACAGUGUCAGAAGUAAUUUCAUGUAGAAAUAACGAAAGCAGAAACGAAUGGCAGAAAACGAUAUCUUAUUCAGAUGCAUUUAAAACACCUAAUUGGCAGCUAUACGACAAUAAGGUACUAAGAAAGUCAAAUCUUGUGUCGCAUAAAAUAACGAAGGAUGUAGAACACAUGGAAAUCGAUCAUGUAGACACUGUAAAAGGACAUACUCCUCCACCCGAUGAUCUCAAAAUAGAUACCAAUACAAACAAUGAUCCAGUGCCCGUGCCGCUUGAAAAUAAACAAGUCGACGCUGAGAAAGUAAAGAACAUAAAUUCUUAUGAAGAUGUUAAAAAGAAACUAAGACCACUAGUUGCAUCGAAGGUUAAAGUUCCAGUUAAGAAAAGAAGAAAUAUGUUUUGCCGCGGUUUAACGUGUCUGUGCAUCCUACCGAUUAUCGUAGGAAUAAUUGCUCUUUUAUUGAAUCCCGUUUCGUACCCUGUUUGCAACCGUAUGUCGUGGUCUGAGAAUAUCGCUGUCGAACUAGAAGAAAAAUUACAUGGACAAACAAACGCGAUCAAAAAUAUUGUUCAUACUUUGCGAAACGACGUUGAUCGUCUGAAGGCCGUGUGUCUGGUAGGUGGAACAGGCAUUGGAAAAUCCUACACUACCGAAAUUAUUUUGAAGAACUUCCCAAAGAAAGAAAAGAUAUUUGUACUCGAUGCGACAGUAGGACACGAACUUUAUGAUAAAACCAGGCCUGCGAUCGAUUCUUUCGAGGUGCUGGUCGUAGACAAUUUGAAGAUGGUAGAUUUGGAUGGAUUUGUUCAUCUGUUAAGUAAACUGAAACAGAUCAACGACACUUGCAUCACAGUGAUCGCGAUGUUUAACGUAGAAAAUGUGAACGACCAAUUAGCACGGGAGAUAGACUUAACGAAAAGUGUCGAUGAAAUUAGUCAAGCGUUCGCUGAUAAAAUGAUCGAUGUGUCUGUUGUGCCGUACGAGCCCUUGACCGAAUCUGCAUUGAAAAUGUGCAUAGCAGAUGCAGCGACCUACAGUGAUUUAAAUCUUUCGGAGGAUCAAACAAAUGAAAUUCUGCAAAUUUUAUUGUCAUCGCAUGCCGGUUGCAAAGGAGCUUAUGCCAAAGUGCAACUUAUUGGUCGAGGGUAAAUUUGUGUUUUUUGUUUUUCAAACGAUCUCUCUAUUUGCUGUUUAAACUGUUAUUAUACUUAUUACACGUACUGUGAUUGCUGAUUAAAAUCUUCGAACGGCUCUCCUAAUGAAAAAGGUUCUGACUGCGACACCGUUCGUUGCUAAAUGCGUUUGAAUGAAUAGACUGUUGCAUUUCUUAGUGAUACAGGGUGGAGUAUGUAACUAAAGCUCCGAUCUAAUUUAAGUUUAAACAAACAGACUCGAUGUUCGCGAAGCUAUUCAAGCUUCCAUCGAAAUAUAUUAUUCAUUAAAAUAACUGUUCACGAUAUAAUCGAAGCUAUUCCAGUUGUUGCAUGAUCCACCCCAUAUAUGUAUUGUUCCUUCUAUACCAUGUUUUUUAUGGAGCGUGCGGUGGUACGGUUUGCGUACGUUUUGAAUUUUGAUAGAAUAUAAAAUGUGUUUAUUAUUUUUGAACCGCGAAACGAUUUCCGGAGGAAAUUAAAAUGUACGUCGCGAUACGAUAACGAGAGAAAUAAAAUGUACCGAAUACUA